ACUGAACCUGUCAGGAUGUCAGCAGAGGGAGAAGCCUGCAGCUAACAUUGGAUUUGCCGCUGGGACUCGGUAACUGUCCGACCCGAACCUGCGAGCUCCUGUGACCUGAUCGCCGGACUCCUGAGUUAUUUGGCUUGCGGCUCAAUUCCUUAAAUUCUCCACUCUCCCUCAGCCCAGGACCGCACCGCCUCACCCCAGCCUCAGACCUAAGCCAAGCCAUCAGCACUCAUGGGCAAGAAAAAAUCAGAAGUUUACUCUGUUGAGGUCAAUGGAAUAAAAGACAUCGAAACAACAGAUGAGGGGGAUGGCAAAGAAAAGUACAGGGGCCUGAAGAACCACUUGGGAUAUAAGAAGGAGCACCAGAAAGAAGAACUAAAGAAAGAACUUGAUCUGGAUGACCACAAACUCAGCACUAAGGAAUUAGAAGACAAGUAUGGAACAAACAUCAUCCAAGGUCUCACUAGCACAAAAGCAGCAGAGAUCUUGGCUCAAGAUGGUCCUAAUGCUCUUUCUCCACCCAAAGAAACUUCUGAAAUAAUAAAAUUCCUCAAACAAAUGGUGGGUGGAUUCUCCAUCCUCCUGUGGGCAGGAGCUGUCCUCUGUUGGAUUGCUUAUGGGAUUCAGUUUUCAAAGGACAAGUCUGCUUCCUUGGACAAUGUCUUUUUAGGUGUUGUGCUUGCCUUGGUGGUCAUCUUCACUGGGAUUUUUGCUUAUUACCAAGAGGCAAAAAGCACCAAUAUCAUUGCCAGCUUCAGUAAAAUGAUUCCUCGGCAAGCCCUGGUCAUCAGAGAUGGAGAAAAGAGGGAGAUCCCUGCAGAGCAGUUGGUUGUAGGAGAUAUUGUAGAGAUUAAAGGUGGAGACCAGAUUCCUGCUGAUAUCAGGAUCCUGGCCUCACAUGGAUGUAAGGUAGAUAAUUCAUCUCUUACUGGAGAAUCAGAGCCUCAAUCUCGAUCUUGUGAUUUUACCCACGAGAAUCCCUUGGAGACGAAGAACAUUGGCUUUUACUCUACAACCUGCCUGGAAGGAACAGCAACUGGCAUGGUCAUUAACACAGGGGACCGGACUAUCAUUGGAAGAAUUGCCUCACUGGCUUCUGGUGUUGGGAAUGAGAAGACACCCAUUGCUAUUGAAAUUGAGCACUUUGUCCAUAUUGUGGCAGGGGUGGCUGUUUCUAUCGGUGUCAUCUUCUUCAUCAUUGCAGUAUCUAUGAAAUACCCAGUCCUAGAAUCCGUCAUCUUCCUCAUUGGUAUCAUUGUGGCCAAUGUGCCAGAGGGUCUUCUGGCUGCUGUGACUGUAAGUCUGUCAUUGACAGCAAAACGGAUGGCCAAGAAGAACUGCCUAGUGAAGAACCUGGAAGCAGUGGAAACUCUGGGCUCCACCUCCAUCAUCUGCUCUGACAAGACUGGGACCUUAACACAAAACAGAAUGACUGUGGCCCAUCUGUGGUUUGAUAACCAGAUCUAUCAGGCUGAUACAAGUGAAGAUCAGAAUGCCCAGAUCUUUGACCAAAGUUCUGCAACCUGGGCCUCCUUAUCCAAGAUUGUAACACUGUGCAACCGAGCUGAGUUCAGACCAGGACAGGAAAGUGUCCCCAUCAUGAAGAAAAUUGUGGUGGGAGAUGCUUCAGAAACUGCCCUCCUAAAGUUCUCAGAAGUCAUAAUGGGUGAUGUAAUGGAAAGAAGAAAAAGAAACAGAAAAGUGGCUGAAAUCCCUUUUAAUUCCACCAACAAAUUCCAGCUGUCCAUUCAUGAGACAGAAGACCCCGAUGACAAGCGCUUCCUCUUGGUGAUGAAAGGAGCCCCCGAGAGGAUCCUGGAGAAAUGCAGUACCAUCAUGAUCCACGGCCAGGAGCAACCUCUUGAUGAAAGCACAGCAGCGGCCUUCCAGACGGCAUACAUGGAGCUGGGGGGCUUAGGGGAGAGAGUGCUGGGUUUCUGUCAUCUCUACCUGCCAGAAGAUGAGUUUCCAGAUACCUAUCCCUUUGAUGUAGAGACCAUGAACUUUCCCACCUCUGACCUCUGUUUUGUGGGGCUGCUAUCAUUGAUUGAUCCCCCUCGAUCCACCGUCCCUGAUGCAGUCACCAAGUGCCGCAGUGCUGGCAUCAAGGUUAUCAUGGUGACAGGUGAUCAUCCCAUCACAGCCAAAGCUAUUGCCAGAAGUGUGGGCAUCAUUUCAGCCAAUAGUGAGACUGUGGAAGACAUAGCAAAACGUCUUAAUGUUCCCGUGGAACAGGUUAACAAAAGGGAGGCAAAGGCAGCUGUGGUCAAUGGAAUGGAGUUGAAGGAGAUGAGCCCAGAGCAGCUGGAUGAGGUGUUGAUCAACCACACCGAAAUCGUCUUUGCAAGGACAUCUCCCCAGCAGAAGCUGAUCAUUGUGGAGGGCUGUCAGAGACAGGAUGCUGUUGUUGCAGUGACAGGGGAUGGAGUUAAUGAUUCCCCAGCCCUGAAGAAGGCUGAUAUUGGCAUUGCCAUGGGAAUUGCAGGUUCUGAUGCAGCAAAAAAUGCAGCAGAUAUGGUCUUACUAGAUGACAACUUUGCCUCUAUAGUGACAGGUGUAGAGGAAGGCCGCCUAAUCUUUGAUAAUUUGAAGAAAACCAUUGCUUUCACCCUGACCAAAAACAUUGCUGAGCUUUGUCCUUUUCUGAUCUUCAUUAUUGCCGGGGUCCCCCUGCCCAUCGGUACUAUCACCAUCUUGUUCAUUGACUUGGGCACUGAUAUUAUUCCUUCCAUUGCCUUAGCCUAUGAGAAAGCCGAGAGUGACAUCAUGAACCGGAAACCACGCCACAAGAAGAAGGACAGAUUGGUGAAUCAACAGCUGGCUUUGUAUUCUUAUCUACAUAUAGGAAUCCUGCAAUCUUUGGGAGCCUUUCUUGCCUAUUUCACUGUCUAUGCAGAGCAAGGAUUCAAACCUGCCAGGCUCAUUUUCUUACGGUCAGAAUGGGAAGAUGAUAAUAUAAAUGACCUUGAAGACAGCUAUGGACAAGAAUGGACAAGAUAUCAGCGGAAAUAUUUGGAAUGGAUUGGAUAUACUGCUUUCUUUGUUGCAAUCAUGGUCCAGCAAAUAGCAGAUUUAAUCAUCAGAAAGACUCGGAGAAAUUCUAUUUUCCAGCAAGGUCUCUUCAGAAAUAAAGUCGUCUGGGUAGGGAUUGUAUCUCAAAUUAUCAUAGCACUAAUCCUCUCCUUCGGCUUUGGAAGUAUUGCAGCCCUGAAUUUCACCACACUUCGGGUUCAGUAUUGGUUUGUGGCGGUACCAUAUGCCAUUGUCAUCUGGCUAUAUGAUGAGUUACGAAAACUCCUAAUCAGGCGCUACCCAGGAAGCUGGUGGGAUAAGAACAUGUAUUACUGAAAUUGCUUUUGGUUCCCAAGACUCUCCUUAAUUUCUCCCUGAUGAUGUUCAGCGUUCUCCAGUCACCUCUGCUGGCAAGUCUCCUGUGCAAUAUGGGCAUCGUCAAGAUCUAAACGCUGGAAGAAAUUUGUAUGAGUCUCAGUUAACAUACUGUAAAAAUGAAAUUUGACUUUUUGUAUAGGCUGUUUUUCUUCUGCACCUUGCCCUCUGUCCCUCUUGUUUGUUUAAAAUGUAUAAAUUCUAAAAGAGGUAGAGAAGAAAAAUAAGCCAUUGAAUAUGUACAUAAGUUUCCACAAUAUUUAAUUCUAUUGCACUUGCACUAUGUAUGAGACUAUUGAGUUUUAUGAAUUCAACCCGGGCAUGAUCGUGCAUGGAACAAAUCCUAGUAGACUGGCCUUAGAGGCCACAUUAUAAAGUAAAGGGUAUUUUAUAAAAUAAGGUUGUGAUGGUGUUGUUCUUAGACUCCCUGAGAAGGUGCUCUAUUUCAACUAGGAAGGUAGUUGAAAACUUAAGGGAGCAGGAUGGUACAGUAGAUAGAACACUGAGCCUGGAGCCAGGAAAACUGGAAAUUGAUGCUUAACAGCAUCUUACCUGACACUUUACUGUGACCCUGGGCAAGUGUCUUAACAUGUCUUAGCCUCAGUUUACUCAUUUGUAAAAUAGGGAUGAUAGCCCCUA